AUAUACAAUUGCAUUAACUAAGAAAUAAAACCUGAAUACAGUGUGGCAGAAAAGUAAUUUAAAUAAAUUAUCAUGAGUGCAGCAUUACAAGCUAAGGAUCUGUUGAUCCGCGCUGUGUCCUGCGAUCAGAGCGGACGCAUUUUGGAGGCGCAAACAUUAUACCAAAAUGGCAUUGCAAUGUUGAUGACUUUCGUCACAGACGAACCGGAUGAGGUAAAGCGCAAAGGAUUUCUUACAAGGAUUAAAGAGUAUAUGGAUCGUGCGGAUGCAAUAAAAGCGCGAGUAAAUGGUAAGCUCUCCCUAGGUGAAGUGGUCACACACAUAUCAAUUGAGGAAGAUGACGUGGGCUAUGACUACGAACAAAUAUUUGGAAAGUAUAUGGACAGUAAAACCGUAGAGAUAAUGCUGGAGGAGCCCUAUUUGGCGCAGAACUAUCAGUUUCAAAAUCUCAUACGGUUUCUGGAGCUAGCUGUGACCAACUGCCCCAACUUCAAGUACAUACGAUUGAUAACCAAAGAGGAUACUAAGAACUUGGACCAACAGAAAACAAAUAUAGGCCAGAUCAAGGCCGAUCUGGAGCGCAGAAAGAUAGCAUUUUUUAUUAAAUACGAGGAGACACUGCAUGAUCGCAAAAUUUACUUGAGCAAUGGCUAUAUUAUCAAAAUCGGACGUGGACUGCACUUUUAUAAAGCUUCCAAUCCCAUGUAUUCCAUUGGCCUCAACAAUUACAGAUACCGGAAAUGCUUGCAAACCGACGUGGAUAUAUGGCGCACGUCGGGGCACGCCAAUUAAACUAAAUAUGCAUAUAUACAACAUGGAUUCCAAAGCGAAGCUAAAAGACGAGUAUUUUUUGUGUGAGUUUUACUCUUUUAAAUUUAAUAAUAAAGUUG